AUGGCGGAAGAGCUGAAUGUGACAUAUAUAACUCUAGGUGGACACAUAGAACUUCAGAAGUACAGCUACCUUUACUUUGUGACUUUCUUGUUGGUGUACAUCCUGAUUCUGUGCAGUAACUGUACUGUAGUUUACCUGAUCUGGAAACAGCCAGACCUCCAUGAGCCCAUGUACGUGUUCAUCGCUGCUCUGUUACUCAACUCUGUUCUUUUCAGCACCAACAUCUACCCAAAGCUGCUGCUGGACUUUCUGUCAGACACACAGGUCAUCUCUCACCAGGCCUGUCUGCUCCAGUUUCUGCUGUUUUAUUCAUUUGGCUAUUCAGAGUUCUUGCUGCUGGCGGCCAUGGCCUACGACAGAUACGUGUCUAUCUGCAAACCUCUGCACUAUCAGUCCAUCAUGAGGAGGACGACCGUCUGUGUGUUUCUGGCUGCAGCUUGGCUCCUGCCUUUGUGUCAGAUCGUGGCUUUAAUUAUCAUGAUAUCUAAUCAAAACCUCUGCAGCUUCACUCUGAAGCAAACUUUUUGCAACAACACAAUUUACAAACUUUUCUGUGCAGCUUCAAGAACAAUAUCAGUUUAUGGUGCGUUAAUUUUACUAGACUCUGUUGGUUUUUCUGUGAUCUUCAUCGUGUUCACCUACACCAGGAUCCUUCUCAUUUGUUACCGCAGCAGUGCAGACGUGAGGAGGAAAGCUGCUCACACCUGUUUACCUCACCUGCUGGUUCUCAGCAACUACUUCUGCCUGUUCAUGUAUGAAGUCAUUGCAGUUCGUCUGAAUUACGAGUUUCCAAAAAUUACUCGUUUAAUCAUGAGUUUACAGUUGGUUCUGUAUAAUCCUCUGUUCAAUCCAUUUAUCUACGGACUGAAAAUGAAGGAGAUUCACAAACAUCUGAAGAGACUGUUUUGUUGA